UACCAUGGAAGUGGAAAGAACCGCGUCCCAGGUGGUGCACACUGAGCAAGACCUUGAGAAGGGAUCCGAAAAAGGCUCCACUUUCGAAAUACACAAUAUCGAGUGGAUCAGUUGCGGAGGUUUUACAGCAGAGCUCGGGAAGAAGCAAAUAAAAGAGUACAUCAGUACAUGGGAAGUGGGGCCCAGCUGGUUGUACAGUUUAAAGUUCCUGGAAGAGAAGGAUCUGGAAUUCCGUAAACAGUACCACUACAGGGUCCAAUGGAGCACCCCGACACCAAGUGUGCCCAUCCCCAGGGCCACCGCCUGUGUGUACUUUGUCAUUGAGGUCUCCAAGAUCAAGCCCCAGAACACUCCAGUUGAGGUGUACUAUCUUGUGGAGUCAAACCAGUUACAACACAGACCAGGAAAAAUACGGUUCAGAGAAAAAUGGCUGAAAGAUGUUAUAGAAAGCAAGAUCCUACUUCAAGACACAGUCACUUUCUAAUAACACUUAAAAGUGAAAUCUUUGGUAAAAUGGGUGGAAAAGGUUUUUAUUAUUAACUUGCUUUGAUCACAUCUCUGGAAGCACAAUACAGAACUACUAUAAUAAAGGAUCCAAAAAAAACACACGGUGGUGUACAUACUAGGGAUGAGUUGUGAACCGUUUUUACUUCUUCCUGCAGUUUAAUCAUUGCAAUGUAAACUUUCAAAUCAACAGCAAAAAAAAUUUUCUUAAAAGUGUACAUUCAGCAGUUCACAUGCUUUAAAGAAGAAAAAGAUGCAGCAGCAAUUGUUGCAACAUUGCAACAAAAACAUUGUAAAAUGAAUCGCUAAUGAAAUAUUUCUCAAAAUCAUAGUCUUUCCUACAUUUUCAAUCCAUAAUAUCUGAAGUUCACUUUUCAUCCUUCCCUUUAU